AUGAGCCGCCGCCGCCUGCAGGUCUGGCUGUGCGCCUUGGCCGCGCUGCUCUCGGGGGCACAGGCUAAGGGCACCCCGCUCCUGGCGCGGCCCGCGCCUCCCAGUGCCUCCCGCUACAGCCUCUACACGACGGGAUGGCGCCCGCGGCUGCGCCCGGGGCCGCACAAGGCCCUCUGUGCCUAUGUGGUACACAGGAACGUGACCUGCAUCCUACAGGAGGGAAUAGAAAGCUACGUGAAGGCCGAGUACCGGCAGUGUGGAUGGGGGCCCAAGUGUCCUGCAGCAGUCACGUACCGCUCAGUGCUCAGACCCAGAUACAAGGUUGGCUACAAGACAGUGACAGACCUCGUCUGGCGUUGCUGCCCUGGUCUUGCUGGAGAAGGCUGCCCUGAGCACCUCACCGAUCAUGGGGCCACUCCACCCCAGCAGGAGCCGGAAGCCCAGAUUCUCUCAGGGCAGCCAGACCCAGGCCCCAGGCCUCCUCCCUACAACAGAGCAGCCCCUAGUCCCCAUGGAAGGAAAGGCCCAGGGCUGUUUGGUGAGCGGCUAGAACGCCUAGAGGGGGAUGUCCAGCGCCUGGCACAAGCAUAUGGUACUCUUGGUGGCCUGGUGGCCAGCCAUGAGGAUCCCAGUAGGGUGACUGGUGGCCCGAGGGCUCCCGCUGCCCCUCCUGUGGGCUUUGGGGUCAUCCCUGAGGGGCUUGCAAAUCCCAGAGAUGGAGCUGGAGGGUCGCUCCCACCUCCCCUGGGUGAGAUCCUGAGCAAAGUGACAGAGGUGAGCAACACGCUUCGGACCAAGGUGCAGCUGCUGGAUAAAGUGCAUGGACUGGCUCUUGGCCAUGAAGCCCACCUGCAGCAGCUGCGGGAGGCGCCGCCGUCCCCUCUGACCUCCUUGGCACUGCUGGAGGAGUAUGUGGAUAGACGGCUGCAACGACUCUGGGGGAGCCUCCUGGAUGGCUUCGAGCAGAAGCUGCAAGGUGUCCAGAGUGCGUGUGACCUGCAGGUGCAGGAGGUGAAGCAGCAGUGUGAGGAGGGCCAGGCGGCCAGCCAGCGACUACACCAGAGCCUCGAUGGCCGGGAGUUGGCCUUGCGUCAGGAACUCUCACAACUGGGUACUCAGCUGCAGGGUCUGAGCGUGGCUGGAGGAGCCAGAUGCUGUAGCCAGCUGGCUUUGAUCAGUGCCCGUGUGGACAGCCUCGAGAGGAACUUGCAGGCAGUCACUGAGGCCCAAGGAGGCCCAGGCACUUCGGCUAGGGAUGAGCUUUCACGCCUCUCUGCUGCUAUGCUUGAGGGAGGUGUCAAUGGACUCCUCGAGGGCCUGGAUGCCAUCAAUGGGACAGAGAAUGGAGCUAGAGGUUGCUGUCUGAGGAUGGAGAUGGGAGGCUGGGGUGUGGGUGGCUUCGGGGCCAUGCUGGAAGAACGUGUACAGAGCCUAGAGGAGCGUCUGGCCACACUGACCGGGGAGCUAAGCCCUGAUGGUGCUCCAGCCGGAAGGCCAGCGCGACCCCUGGUGCAGACAGAGCUGGCAGUGCUAGAGCAACGCCUGGUGUCUCUGGAGACAUCGUGCACCCCCAGUACUACCUCAGCCAUUUUGGACAACCUUGUAACCGAGGUGAAGGCCUGGCAGAGCCGGAGUGAGGCCCUUCUACGCCAAGUGGCCAGCCAUACAGCUUUGCUCCAGCAGCUCAAUGGCACUGUGGCAGAGGUCCAGGGGCAGCUGGCAGAAGGUACUGGCAGCUCACUCCAAGGCGAGAUCACUCUGCUGAAGGUCAACUUGAACUCAGUGAGCAAGUCACUCACAGGCCUCAGCGACUCUGUCAGCCAGUACUCAGAUGCCUUCUUGGCUGCCAACACAUCCCUGGAUGAGCGAGAACGCAGGGUAGAAGCUGAAGUCCACGCUAUCCAGGAGCAGGUCAGCAGUCACGGCUCCAGGCUGCGAGCUGGACACAGGCAGGUCCUGAGCCUGCAAGGGGAGCUGGAGCAGCUCAAGGCAGGUGUGGCCGAUGUGGCUGGGGGCCUGAGCCGCUGCCAGAACACAGCUCAGGAACUCCAGCAUGCGGUGGGCCACUUUGACCAGAGGGUGGCACAAGUAGAAGGCACAUGUAGAAGACUGGGCUUACUGGCCACCAGCCUGGACAGCUUGCCUACCGAGCCGCUUGGGUCCAGAGAGGGCCUAUGGAGCCACGUAGAUCAGCUGAAUCGCACACUAGCCCAGCACACACAGGACAUCGCCCGCCUCCGGGAUGACCUGCUAGACUGCAGGGCCCAGUUAGCUGAGCACAUGAGGUCAAGGCGAGCCAACUAG